AUGAAUCCAGUUAUUUCGCAGCCAAGCUUUGGAGCAGGAGGUAUGACUGUCAGUGACUGGCAGACGGGCGUAUUUGAUUGCUGCGAUAACAUGGGAAUUUGUCUCUGCGGAACUUUCUGUCCACUGUGCCUUGGGUGUCAGAUUGCCUCUGAUAUGAAUGAAUGCUGCCUGUGUGGAGCAACUGUUGCCAUGAGGACCCUUUACAGGACUCGAUACAACAUCCCGGGAUCUAUUUUCAACGAUUUUAUAUAUCUGGCAUGUUUCCCUAACUGCACCCUUUGUCAACUCAAGCGAGAUAUUGAAAAAAGAAAAGUACUAAAUGUUCUAUAA